UUAUAUCUCAAACAAACAAAGUUUUUGAUUUUCAAGUUGAUACGAUAAAAAUUGGCCUCACAUGAAAUAAUCAAGUAUAUUCCUCCCAUUCCUUGAUGUCCAUGCAUAUUAAAAAAUAUACACCAACAUGCUUACGGUAUGAAAAAUAAAUUAUUCAUUUAUCAUCUCAAAGGGCCACAAAGAGAAGGAGAAAUCGAGUAAGAGAGAGAAGGUGUUCUAAAUUCUAUGUUUGAAGAUCAAUCUAAGAUGGUUAUCAUCGAUUUCCAGUGUUAUUAAGAUGGAAUAUAUUUUUUAUUUCAACGUCCAAAUAUGAAGGAGGACGAAGAUAGAUAGACAGAUAAAUAGAUAUUCAAUUUUCAACUAUUUCAUUUUUAUGAAUUAGUAUUUGGUGUUGAAAUCAAACGAAAGUGUUUGAAAGUUGUGGAAGGUAUAUAGAUGGAGGAUAUGAGGGAAGAAAAAACAUAUGGGUCAGAAUGUUCGAAGACAAGUGUUUCAAAUGAAGUAGAUGGUUGUGAAAUUAGUGAAGAAAAUCAUGAAGAUGAAGAAAGUAAGCAAAACAACAUUAAUGAAGGAUUAAGCUCAAGCAAUAGUACUAUAGAAGAAAAUAAUGAGAAGAAAUCAUCAGUGAGACCUUAUGUUAGAUCCAAGUUUCCUAGGCUACGUUGGACCCCUGAUCUUCACCUUCGCUUCAUUCAUGCUGUUCAAAGACUUGGUGGACAAGAGAGAGCAACUCCAAAAUUGGUUCUUCAGUUGAUGAAUAUAAAAGGUUUGAGUAUUGCUCAUGUGAAGAGUCAUUUACAGAUGUAUAGAAGCAAGAAAGUAGUUGACACAAAUCAAGUUUUGGCUGAUCAUAGGCUUCUUGUAGACAAUGGAGACAAAAAUGUUUAUAAUCUCAGCCAACUUCCUAUGCUUCAAGGCUAUACUCCAAACCAAAGUUCAUCAUAUAGAUGUGGAUAUGAGCCAAUAAUGAUGGAGAGAAGCAAUAAUCACAUGGUGAAUAUGGAUCAUAGUAUUUUCCAAGUGGACUCUUCACAUUUUAGAGAACAAUCAUCAAGAAGUAAAGUCCAUGAACCAAAUGACAAUUUCCUCUCAUUUUGUGGCCAUGAUCUUCAAGAUCAUCCAAGAGCACAAGACCUCAUGCUUAAAGAUAAUUUGCUUGCAAAUCAAGUGGAACCAAAUACAUUGAAAAGAAAAGCUUCAGAUGUGGAAGUUGAUUUGGAUCUAUCACUUAAAUUAAAUUCAAGGAAUUACCAAGGAAAUAUAGAGGAACAUGAAGUUGAUAGCAAAUUAUCACUCUCUUUGUAUUCUCAAUCUUCAUCAUCUUAUCUUGGCAGUAAAAUGAAAGAAAAAGAUGUUUCUAAGGAGCAAGGGAAAAUUAGAGGCAAUAAUAUUGUUUUGGAUCUAACCAUAUAAUUGAAUAUGAGACAUAUUCUAAGUGAGAUCUUGAGGUACCUGUCAGAAAUUAUGCAUAUUUUGUAACAAAAUUAUUACAUUCAUAUGAGACCAGACAAAAUUAUAUUUUCCUUUUUUGUCUCUUUCUAGCUGUAUAUGGACAGUCUGUUUAUUUAAUAUUGGUACUAUAUGUUAGGUAGAUGCUAUGAAGCAUAUGAUCUCAACAAUGUGUUAGUUUUACACUUUAUAUUAUCAUACUGUAAGUUCAGUGAUUAAAGUUACA